UUCUCGAACCUCUGGAACCCCCACACUCUCCUCUACCACUCUCUCCGGAAAUCUUCCAAUUUGGUCUGGUUCCUCUCUUCUUUGGGAAUCCCUCCGAGACGAUAAGAUGUCUUUGAGGCCGAACGCUAGGACGGAGGUACGUCGCAACCGGUACAAGGUGGCGGUGGACGCCGAGGAAGGGAGGCGGCGGAGGGAGGACAACAUGGUGGAGAUCCGCAAGAGCCGCAGGGAGGAAAGCUUGCUCAAGAAACGCCGCGAGGGCCUCCAGGCCCAGAACCUCGCUUCCUCUUUCCACACCACAGCCGUCGAGAAGAAGUUGGAACAUCUGCCAUCCAUGGUUGCAGGAGUUUGGAGUGACGAUAGUAAUCUGCAGCUUGAGGCAACUACUCAAUUCAGGAAAUUGCUUUCAAUCGAGCGCAGCCCUCCAAUUGAGGAAGUGAUUCAAUCAGGUGUUGUUCCUCGCUUUGUUGAGUUUCUUAUCAGGGAGGACUUCCCUCAGCUUCAGUUUGAGGCAGCAUGGGCUCUCACUAACAUUGCUUCUGGGACAUCUGAGAACACAAAGGUGGUAAUUGAUCACGGGGCUGUCCCAAUAUUUGUCAAACUUCUUGGUUCUCCUAGUGAUGAUGUUCGUGAGCAGGCUGUGUGGGCAUUGGGAAAUGUUGCUGGUGAUUCUCCUAGAUGCCGUGAUCUUGUUCUUGGUCAUGGGGCUUUGCUUCCUUUACUGGCACAACUGAAUGAGCAUGCCAAGCUUUCCAUGCUGAGAAAUGCUACGUGGACUCUUUCAAACUUUUGCCGUGGCAAGCCUCAACCUCCUUUUGAUCAGGUUAAGCCUGCCCUCCCAGCACUUGCACGCCUUAUUCAUUCAAAUGAUGAAGAAGUCUUGACUGAUGCUUGUUGGGCCCUCUCAUAUCUGUCUGAUGGUACAAACGACAAAAUUCAAGCUGUUAUAGAAGCCGGUGUUUGUCCUCGGCUUGUUGAACUUUUACUUCACCCAUCUCCUUCAGUUCUUAUUCCCGCACUUCGUACAGUUGGAAAUAUUGUUACUGGAGAUGAUAUGCAGACUCAGGUUAUUAUCAACCACAAUGCUCUUCACUGCCUUUUGAACCUAUUGACCAAUAAUUACAAAAAGAGCAUCAAGAAAGAAGCUUGCUGGACUAUUUCAAAUAUCACUGCUGGUAACAAGGAGCAGAUUCAGGCUGUCAUUGAGGCUAAUAUUAUCGCCCCGCUUGUUCAUCUGCUUCAAAAUGCUGAAUUUGAUAUUAGGAAAGAGGCUGCAUGGGCAAUCUCAAAUGCAACAUCUGGCGGCUCUCAUGAACAAAUCAAGUUUUUGGUAAAUCAAGGGUGUAUCAAACCCUUGUGUGAUCUUCUCAUCUGCCCUGACCCGAGGAUUGUCACAGUUUGUUUGGAAGGGCUUGAGAACAUAUUGAAGGUAGGGGAAGCCGAGAAGAAUCUGGGAACUACUGGAGAUGUCAAUCCCUAUGCUCAAAUGAUUGAUGAUGCGGAGGGGCUAGAGAAAAUUGAGAAUCUCCAGAGUCACGACAACACCGAGAUUUAUGAGAAGGCUGUGAAAAUUCUUGAGACAUACUGGUUGGAGGAAGAGGAUGACACAAUGCCACCGGGUGAUGCUCCCCAGACUGCAUUCAACUUUGGAGGGAGUGAGGUUCCUACUGUACCUUCUGGUGGAUUUAGCUUCAACUGAAGGAUUUGGUGGUGGGAGAAUAGUUGGGGUCAGGUCAGUUGUCUUGUCGUGUUUGGGUCCUCUUUGGUCCGUCCAGUAUCAGGCGUAUUUUUGGGGUUGGUGGACUGGCUGGGUGUUGUAAAUGGCUGGAUUUCUCAGGUGUGGCAGGGACUAUACUUGGACUGGAUAUAUGAUAAAUUGGAAAUAUAUUGCUGCAACAAGGAUGUGGAGCCAGAGUUCUUUAUUUGGGGAAGGGUAAUCCCGGGUGAUUGGGCUCUCCUAUGAAGUUGAUGUUGAGUCCAUUAAAUUUGUUUUUACUGGUUAAGUUGCCAUAGAAGUGGAGUCUUGUCUGUUUCCGGGUGAUUUUUGCACUCUCAAACUCUCCUUUUUAGCUACAAAGGGAAAAUUGGAAUUUUCCGUUCCUUACUAUUUUGUAUGUUGUGAUUUUUUCUUUUCCCUUUUUGAGUCGAAAUUGUAUUAUGUAGUAUACAAAUUUACUGGUAUGAUAUGAAAAGCUGUCCAAAAUGCACCAAA